GCGCCGUUAAAUGCGGACGGUGUGAGGCGGACGGACGGACGGCCAGUGGAGAGCGGCAGCAGCUGGAGAGGGAGCGUCGCCAGUCAACGCCGCCUUCCUUGACACCACAUCAUAACCAACACACGGGGAAAGGACUUGCGGGGCCUCAAAGUCGCUGCCGUCAAACAAAGAAACAAAGGGAGUCUCCGUUAAGAUGCCGUCAGAGAAAAGCUUCAAGCAGAGGCGGACUUUCGAGCAGAGAGUGGAAGAUGUGCGCCUUAUUCGAGAGCAGCAUCCCAACAAAAUUCCAGUCAUAAUUGAAAGGUACAAGGGAGAAAAACAAUUGCCGUUGUUGGAUAAGACCAAAUUUCUUGUCCCUGACCAUGUGAACAUGAGCGAACUGAUCAAAAUUAUACGGAGACGUCUGCAGUUAAAUUCAAAUCAGGCUUUUUUCCUGUUGGUGAAUGGGCACAGCAUGGUUAGUGUUUCUACACCCAUUUCUGAGGUUUACGAACGUGAGAAGGAUGAAGAUGGUUUCCUCUACAUGGUCUAUGCUUCCCAGGAAACCUUUGGAAUGGACACUGCACUGUAAUCAUAGUCUGGUUUGAGGUACCUCCCUCAAUGUUCCUGUAGUGCCCUGCCAUAAAACAUUGCUAAACAUGUGGCAGCUUGCCCAGCUCAAUCAGGAAUGAGAAGAGGUAUCACAUAAAAUUAAUUGGAAUUGGAAUUGAAAGCUGAUGGUCUAACUGCAGUCUUUUGCUUGUUGGGUUCUCAGAAUUGACUACCAUAUUCUCACAUAAGCUGUCUGCUUUUAAGCCAAAAUCAAAUCGUGUUCAGAGGUUAACAGGUAUAUUUUAUUGCUAGCAGACACUUUUGUAAUUUGAGUAGCCUUUUUAAAGCAAAAUGACCAAGCAGAUAAUUUUGCUUUAUGAAAUUAUCAGGAAUUGUCUGAUACGCUCAACCCUAUGUUGCUUCAAAAGAUGAAUUCUUUAAGAGCAUUUAAACAGCUUGCUCAUAAAACAGCUGCUUUUCUAACUAAUCACCUGCAUUCAAUUUCAAAUAUUUGGAAGAGGUUUUAAAUAGCAGUGGAAAUAUUUCAUCGAGCAGUGUGCCUUCUGCUAAUAGGUGAGUCGCGUGCCAUUCUUUAUGAAUGAGCUAAUAAUUAGGCAGCCAAGAAUUAAUACUUGCAUUGGAUUCUAACAUUAGAAAAGACGAUUUUCUUAAUUUUUCAAAGUCCUUCACAAUUUUCUUAAAAAAGAGAAUUUGAUGCCGUAUGUAACCAUUUCUCAGCCACAGUCUUCAAUAUAACCAAUCCAUAGAAAUUAAAAGUGAAAACUAGCUUUGUUUGUGAAUAGCUGUUUGUCAAAUUAAAAACUUUCACAAAUAUACUAAUCUCCAACUAUCUCUGCUCGUGCUAAGAUUUACUAACUGAAUAGUUACUCCUCUAAAUCUACAUUCUAAUUAUAUCCAGAAUGUGUCUGUGAUGAAAUUAUGGUAAACUAUUGGAAUAAAAACUGAAAUAACUUCUGAAAGUGCAUAAUAUAUAGUCUUGAAUUCAGCAUACAAAUCAUAACCUUCGAUUCCAUCCUGUGUAAUGUCUUUAAAACUUUUUUAAAGUCAUUACAACUUUUUGUUUAUAGUACUGACAUUAAUUUAACCCUAUAUUUUGAUGUCUGCAUGCACUUGUUAUUUGAUUUUGAACAGGAAAUGAACCGGUGAUUGCUUUCUCUACUGUAUACCAACAUCCCCAUUUGUCAUACAUUUGGCAUCUGUCCAUUUUAGGAGUGUUUGGUAAUCGGAGAAUGUGGUGUAACCAGGCAUCCUGAUUGUGAAAUUGCAUUCUAGUCAACUGGUGUUUUCAUCUGUUUAUGUGCAUCUAAAUAUUUGUUUCCUAAAAGUGUUAUAUAAAUUAGUAUCUUUACAGUGUAUUUAAAGAAUAUUAUUCAGAAUUUCUCAAGACUAAUAGUCCUGAAAAUAUAAGAAUAUGACAUUUAAAAUGUGCAUUCCUUUAUUUGUUAAUGUGUAAAUACUCAAGGCAGCCUUUCUUGAUUCACUGCUCUUCCUGCCUAUGUUAAAUACCUGGAGUAGUAAUUACCAGCUUUAUCUAUCCUCAAAUUCCCUUGCUGUAAGGACUUGUGGGCACUGAACCAUUAUAAAGGUUAAUAACAUGAAUGUUUAUGGGCCACAUUGCCUAGAAUUGCUGUCUUUUAGUUGUAAAUUUUAACUCUUAGUACUGUCGACAUUUGAGGAGCAUCAGCUGCAUUCUGGGAUUCUUGAUGUGAUGCUACAGGCUGCUCAGACUUUUCUAAAGUGGUUAAAUGUGCAGUGUUAUUUUUAGAUUAAAUAGUGCUGUUACUAAAUUAACAUUCCAAACCUCUACUAAAGAAUGAGGCAUUUAAUGAGAAUGAUGAUUACUGGCUUAUUUCUCCAUUGUCCAACACACUCCAUUGUUGUCAGUAUCACUGUCUCCACUGUGGACUUCAUUCUGAUUUUAUUAUAUUCAGUUUCUGAAAACAGAAUGCGACAAAAAUCCAAAAAUGUUCAACGGUGCCUUGGUUUUAGUUUUUAAUUGUUGUUUUAUUUUUUUUGCAUAAAUUUGAAGUACUUCAAUGACACUUGACCUAAUGUAUAUUUUAAAUAGUACAUAAACAGAUUUAUGUAAUUUGUAAAUUAGAACUUUUUUUUAAUUGUAUUACUUUGGAUCUGCUGUUGAGAAACCUGAAUUGACAACUUGUAAAUAUACUGUGUAUGAUAUACUGAUGAGCUAUGUGCCUGAAUGGAAAGAUGCAUUUGCCAUUUUCAAAAUAAAGUACAAUACAAGAUU